AUGACUUCGACAAACACUGAAAAUAAAGAUUCAUCACUAUGCUUGGUGGAGUUUGAUGAGUAUCCUACAAGAACCAAUAGCAGCAGCUCCAAAUCAUUCUCACCUACAAGCUCAUGCGGGGAAAAGAAUUUUGAUGGUGAAUUUGAUAAUGAAGACCUGCCUCCAAUCGAUGGAGGGGCUCAGGCAUGGCUCUUCUUACUAGCUUCCGCCAUGCUAGAGGCGCUGGUCUGGGGAUACGCCUUUGCUUUCGGCAUUUUCCAGGAUUAUUAUAGUGUACACGAACCAUUCAAAGGAUCAGAGAAUAUAGCUGUCAUUGGGACAUGUGCCAUGGGCUUGGCAUACUUAAUUGCUCCUUUGGCAAUCGUGAUGAUGAUAAUGGUUCCCCGGCUAGCACGCUGGGUGUCCACGAUGGGUGUUGUGAUAAUGUGUCUCUCACUGGCACUAAGUUCCUUCGCCACGAAUGUUACACAUCUCAUUCUCUCCCAAGGUAUCGGAUUUGGCAUCGGUGGAUGUUUUGCCUACACGCCGUCCAUUUUAUACAUGUCUGAAUGGUUCCAUAGACGGAAAGGAUUGGCGUUUGGUAUUGUUUGGGCAGGGUCAGGUAUUUCAGGCGUGAUAUUUCCUCUCGCCAUCGAAUGGCUUCUUGGAAAAUACGGAAUCGAGACCACUCUCCGAGUCUCCGCAGUUUGUCUCUUCAUUCUCGCCGCACCUUUCCUAUACUGGCACCGACCGAGACUGCCACCAGGCAAAACCGUCCGCCAUGAUCGACUCAACUUCCGUUUCUUGUACAGCAGAGUUUACAACAUCUAUCAACUUGCCAACACCAUAGAAGCACUAGGAUUCUUCCUGCCAACCAUAUACCUCCCAACCUACGCCCGCAGCCUCGGCGCAAACGAGUUUCUCUCAUCGCUUACCGUCACUCUCGUCAACCUCACAUCUGUCUUCAGUUCCGUCCUAGUGGGCUUCCUUUCAGAUCGGUAUCACAUUACUACUCCGAUCCUCAUUUUAACUGUCGGCACUGUGCUUUCAGUGUUUUUCAUUUGGGGUUUCGCUGUAUCAAUCCCAACUCUUUAUGUUUUCUGUGUUGCGUAUGGGCUCCUAGCAGGUGGUUAUUCCUCGACCUGGUCAGGAGUGGCCCAGGCAAUCCAGCGCGCGAAUCCAGAGGCAGAUGCGACCGUCAUCUUCCCUUUUAUGGAACUUGGACGUGGAAUUGGCAACGUUGCUAGUGGUCCUCUAAGUGAAGUCCUACUAAAGGCGGAUACUUGGCAGGGCCGAGCAUCGGGGGCGUAUGGUAGUGGCUUUGGUCCACUAGUUGUUUGCACGGGUGUCACUGCCCUGGUAGGUGGCGUAUCUGUGGUGGCAAGACAGUUCAAGUGGGUGUGA